AUGUUCAGACUUUGUUCAUUUUUAACUGUGAAGCAAAUCAAACUUAAAAAAAUUGCAGAAGGAAAUCAAGGAGCAAAAAUAUAUUGGUCGUCAGUUACUUACACCUCUAAUCCAACUUACUUCUCGGAUUUUAGUGUGAUCAUAUUUAACGACACAGAUGGUGAAACAAAAUCAAAUGCGACUUUAACUCAAAUAGAGGACAUGGAAAAAUUUAUAAUCACAAUUAAUUCAAGGAAAGACAUGAAAGAUUUUAAUCGCGAACUCUUAAGAAUUAAUGCAGAUACAUGCAAAUUAUUCAAAGGCACAUUCAAAAAUGCUAUCGUACGAAACGUUUUCAGAGAUAUUAGAGAGGUUUCCAACUUAAAAUUUUCAUGUCCUCAGCCAAAAGGUGAAUUCUACAUCAGUGAACUUAUAUUGCCUGGUUCCAUACCGUUUAUAGAUAAAUUUCUAUUGAACGCUUCUAAUGGAAACUUUGAAUUCACUUUGCUUAUUCGAGCAAAACCAUUCAACAAGAAAAUAGCCGAUGGUGUUUCUGUAAAAGCUUAUGGAGUUUAUGAAGGAAAUCCAGAACGAAAAAUAUAUUGGUCGUCAGUUACUUACACCUCUAACCCAAUGUACGUUUCGGGUUUUGGUGUGAUCAUAUUUAACGACACAGAUGGUGACACGAAAUCAAAUGCGACUUUAACUCAAUUAGAGGACAUGGAAAAGUUAUUAAUUACAAUUGUACUUAUACAAAACUCCAAGAAAGGCAUGAAAGAUUUUAAUCGUGAAUUAUUAAGAAUUAAUGCAGAUACGUGCAAUCAAUUCAAAGGCACAUUCAAAAAUGCUAUUGUACGCAACAUUUUCAGAGAUAUUAGAGAAGUUUCCAACAUAAAAUUUUCAUGUCCUCAGCCAAAAGGUAUAUUUUAUAUCAGAGAACUUGUAUUGCCUGGUUCUAUACCGUUUAUGGAUAAAUUUAUAAAGUACGCUUUAGAAGGAGACUUCGAAAUGACUGUGCUGAUUCGAGCAAAACCAUUUAAAAAAAAAUUAACCAACGGUGUUUCUGUGAAAGCUUAUGGAGUUUUUACAUAUGAAUGA